AUGCAUUAUGCUCCGGUCCAGAAGAGGGCGCAGUUGCAUUAUUCCAACUAAUGGGUGCAAUAUGCAGUGCUAGUGUUUUCCACGAUUUACAUGUUUGUGUGUUAGCCAUGACCGUAGAACUAGCCAUGUGAGAUCAGUAGUCUUCAAUAACAUAACUUUUUCUGUGGACGUCAAAAUGGCUGUUUCGAGGUUGCCGCCGGCAGCUUUCUCACUCAAGCAGUUCAUGCAGAGGCAGAAGGUGCUUGGUCUGUACAGAAGUAUGCUGAGGACCAUACGACAAGUACCAGAUGAAGCAGACAGAAAAUAUCUCCAAGACUGGGCAAGGGAUGAGUUUAAAAGAAACAAAAGUGCCACAAAUCAGGAUGCCAUACGAAUGAUGAUAACGCAGGCAAACAAUCAUCUGGAGGAUCUCAGGAAAUCACUUGCCCUUGCGAAGAGUUAGCAAAACAAUGUUUUAAGUGGCUCCAGAACCUUUUCUUCUUGGACCCCCGUUUGGACUUAGCAACAUUUUUGCAAUCCCCACCCAUAUCAAACAUGCAACAUUUUUGUCCCUUAAAAUUCACAUGGAAAAUAAAUACAUUUGAUAACCAUACAGUCCCUUCCCUACAAUCUCCCCACAUCACGACUUUGGGAACCAGUUUAGGGUAUUGGUUGUUCAAAAUUGACGUCACUGGUGAUCCCCUCUUGUAACACCUAUGUAGCCUACUGAGUUGUCAAGUUGAGCUAGUAGAUGUCUUCAAUGGUAAGAUGAUAUGUAAUGCUGCUGUCUGUAUCAUUGUACAGUUAAUGUAAAUAAACAUGUCAAGAACUGUU